CAAAUUUUGUCCGAUCGAAGGUUAAAGCAAAUUAUGGUACCCAAAGCAACACCCGAGUUCCGUACCUAUCCGUUACAACUUUAUAUUUCUUUUUUUUUCAAAAUUUCAAAAUUGCAGAAAAAACAACAUUCGAGAAUACUAUUAAUAUUCAUUGAAUCCCAUAUCCAAGAAUUCCCAAUCCUUCUCCAACAGUAUUGUCUUCAUUUCUUCGCAUGAAUUGCUGUUUUCCAUAACUUUUAUAUUAUUUCGGUGAAAUGGGUUCUCCUGGGAAAUGGAUCAAAUCACUGAUCGGAGCCAAAAUUUCCCCAUCAAGCGACAAUAAGAUGGGUAGUAAGGGCAGGAAGUGGAAAUUAUGGAGGAGUGUAUCCAAGGGUAUUAAAGGAAGGGGGACUUCGCGGGAGACAGAAGAGUCUGAAUCCACUUCUUAUUUGUUUGACGGUGAAAUGGCGGCGGCAGUGGCUGCUUUGGCCAAAGCUUCGCCUAAGGAGUUCAUGCUGGUCCGGCGAGAAUGGGCCGCGGUCCGAAUCCAGACAAAUUUUCGGUCAUUUCUGGCAAAGCGUGCUUUAAGGGCCUUGAAAGCAUUGGUAAGACUACAAGCUAUAGUUCGUGGUCGACUGGUUAGAAAACAAGCCGCUGUAACAUUAAGGUGCAUGCAGUCGCUUGUUCGAGUUCAGACUCGAGUUAGGGCCCAAUGCACUAAGACAUCUGCACGAGGGCACGUCCGGAUGAAUCAGACUACCGAUCCUAUAAAGCAAGCUGAGAAUGGAUGGUGUGACAGUUCCUCAACGGUUGAAGAAGUGAAGUCGAAAUUACUAAUGAAACAAGAAGGGGCUAUCAAGAGGGAAAGGGCUAAUACAUAUGCUCAUGCCCUUUCUAAACAGCAAUCCCGAAGAAGCCCGAUCUUGUAUUCAAGAUCGAGCAAGAAGGUUACUCCAAAUAAGGUGGACAAGAACAAUUCAGGACUCAACUGGUCACAACGGUGGAAUUGGAUACAAACCAAGCCAUGGGAUACCAUGUCGGAUGAAAAAUGUCAGACCUUUGGAUCCUUUUCUAAUUCAUAUGAUCGUGAUUCCACCAAAAUAUCCUCAAAGUUUCUGAAAACUUGUCAAAUUACUCGCUCGUCAUCUGAACCAUGUUCUGCAUUUUCGUACUAUGAGAGCAUGUCAUCGAAUUCAUCCACAACCACUUCUGAGAUUCAAGGGUCAGGAGAUAUUCUAGCCGAGGGGCACGGUGGCAAACCUAACUAUAUGAGUCUAACACAGUCGAUAAAGGCCAAGCAGAAACCAUGCAAUUAUUUGUCGCGUACUUAUACUGGAGUGGGGCCUUCAGUUGAGGAUUUACCCUAUCAUAGAAACCCAAGCCCAGUUUCAAGGGGGAGGGCUCGGGGGAGUGCUGACACUGAUCGCUAUUCUGUCGAUUGAUGCAACAAUCUCUACCCUCCGAUGUUGCAAGAUGACAAUUGUUGGGAGGCAGUAGUGGUGCCAAAGUGGACACUAGGGACGGGUAGAGUCACCUCAAAACUGAGUCGUGCUGGUUUGACACUCUAAUCGCAAGCGACAGAACCCACAAGCAGCUUAUCUCCAUUUGUACCUUUGUGUAGUUGGUCGAGCAUAAACAGGAAAACAAAAAGCCAAAACUGAACCAAGUUUUGCAUCCCGUGAUGGUUCUACAAAUAAAGCAAUGGAGAUUGCUCCCAUAAAUUUCUAACAUUUCACAAGGAGUGGUUAUAAUUCUAUAACCUUACAAAAUGAGGAUUUGGGUUGUCAACUUAAAUUUGUGAAUUUGGGUCCCAGAUGACCAAAGUAGUCGAUGUGAAUGAUA